AUGUUGAAAGCAAUAAAAGAUGAAGUGAUGAGGAGCCCAUUUGUCGCUAUUUCCCUGGAUGAAACCUCCGACGUUAAGACCUUAUCGCAGCUAACAACUAUAGUUCGCUAUGUCAACCCAGUUGGUAAAGCUGUGGAGCGCUUUCUUGGAUUUACCGAUGUAAGUGCGGACCGUACUGCGGCUAGACUGAAACAAGAAGUCGGUAAAACCCUGAACGAGUACGGAUGCGGCGAAAAACUGAUUGCCCAAACGUAUGACGGUGCGAGUGUGAUGUCAGGAGAACUGUCCGGUUUGCAAACACGAAGAACAUACCUGUUGGACACAGUUGUCGGCAGACGCAUUCCCACUGGAACAGCUGUUCGAUGGCACUAUCAGAGCAGGUUAAUCCAUGCUGUACUGGAGACAAGAGCAAAGCUGCUCGAAGUUUUCGAAUACAUCAUCGAAAAUGAUGACGAGUUUGACGAAAUAUUUGGUCUUACGGAUGUUUUGUAUAAUAUCAUUCAGAGUAAGCAGUUCGAUAUUGUCUUCUGUGUCACGAAAGUUCGCGAGACGAAAGAUAAGAUUCAAGAACAACGAACAAAAUUCGUAGAUUAUUGGAAUUUUACGUCAAGUAUCGUCAAAGUAGCACUGAAACGCGGGCAAAGUGAAGAGGAUGUAAAGGCGUCCUUCCGUCAAAUGUUUUUCUGUGUAGUCGAUACCAUUGUCGUGCAGAUUGACUCUAGAUUCGAAAGUCUUAACAGCAGAGCAUUCGUUUCUUUGUUGGAUCAUUCAAAGCACGAAUUGUACAGCCGGAAUUUUCCCGAACGAGAGCUGCAAUCGUUGCAAGAUUCAUAUGGAACAUUCUUUAAUCUUCAAGCACUAAAAGUGAACUAA